AUGGGAAAAAGUGAAGAAGAUGAAGAAUAUGAUUAUGACAAGGAUUUAGCACCAUCUACAUCGGAUUCAGAAGAGGAUUCCGAAGAAAAUGAGCCAAAACGCAAAAAAUCACGAAUUUCACAAUCAUCCGCCUCAACUUCCUUAUCCCAGAAACUUUGCGAUGACAACAACACAAAAACCUACGAAAAUCGUCUGGAUUUGAAUGAAAAAGGUGAACUUAUCACAAUUAUCAACAAGAAAACCAAAAAAUCGUGGAAAAUCGACGAGAAUUGUUGGAAUCGGUUGUAUGAUUAUCAAAAAACUGGUGUUCAAUGGUUUCAAAAUCAUUUCGAGAACAAGGUCGGCGGAAUUUUAGCGGAUGAAAUGGGAUUAGGAAAAACGAUUCAAACUAUUGUAUUUUUACGAUCCAUCCAGGAAACCGGGGACAAUUAUGCUUCGUUGGGGUUGGUUUUUCUCCUGGCUCAAAAUUGUAUAAUUUUUAUCAGAAAAUAUGUCUAAAACUUCAAAUUUUUCCAGAUGUCGUGGCCUUGGAAGAUCCCUUAUAAUUUGCCCAGCCUCUGUAAUGAAACAAUGGAUCGACGAGCUCAACAAAUGGUUUCCAAAAUGCCGUGUUUUCGUCCUUCAUGCCACCAGUUCAACAGGCCAAAAUUCUCAAGAGCUCUUCGAGAAACUGGCAAAUCGCAAAAAAGAAUAUCCCUUUGGUUGUGUAGUUAUCUCAACUUAUUCAAUGUAUGUCAAAAAUUGCGCGGUUCUCAACAAAAUCGUCUGGCACACUGUGUUCCUCGACGAAGGUCAUAAAAUCAAGAAUAAUCAGACGAAAAAUUGCAUCGCCAUUAAAAAAAUCAUCACACCCUAUCGAUUUGUGCUCACUGGUUCACCUAUUCAAAAUAACUUGGGGGAACUCUGGACAAUUAUGGAUUUCGUUUUUCCGGGAAAACUUGGAGCUUUUGAACUGUUUUCGGAAAGGAUUGCGCGGAAAAUUCAUGAGGGAUCGUUUUUGAAUGCGACUAGUCAGAUGAAGGAGAAUGCUUACCAGUGUGCAUUGAUUCUGCAGUAAGGUUUUUGGCGGGAAAAUGUUGAAUUUUGAGCUAGAAACCUUGAAAAUUGAAUUGUAGGUCAUUUUUUGGCCUAGAAUUUUUAUCUGAAAACCUAGAAAUAUGGCCUAGUUCCAAAUGUGGACUAGAAAUCCACAAGGAGAAUUCUAGCUCAAAAUUUACGAAAUAAACUCCCCAUGUUUUGCAUUGCAAAAUUUUCAGAGAAGCCGUCAAACCCUACAUUCUGCGUCGCCUAAAAUCCGAUGCCGAAUUAAAUUUGCAACUCCCCGAAAAAAAUGAGCAAAUCCUCUUCUGCAAUUUGUCCAGCAAACAACGAAAAGCCUAUGAGAAAUAUUUGCGAUCCGAGGAGGUUCAGAACAUUUUUCUGGGAAAAUUGGACGGUUUUGUGGGCUUGACGAAAAUGUUUCAUAUUUGUAAUCAUCCUGCGAUUUAUAAUAGUGAGUUUUUUCAAAUGUUUACUUUUUUGUGUGGAAAAAUUGACCAAAAAUUGGAUAAAAAUGGCCUAAUAUUAGCCUAGAUUCUCCCUGAUUUUUCCAGGACCUGAAAACGGCCCAAUCGAAUUCGGCUCAUCAAAAGAUUCGGGAAAACUCGUUGUCUUGCUGAAGCUUCUCAAAACCUGGAAAAAUGAGCCAAACGCCUCCAACAAGAUUCUAAUCUUCACCCAAAAAACGUCAGUCAUUCAAAUGUUGGAGCAUUUUUUCGACAAAAAUCAAUACAAAUAUUGCACAAUGUCCGGAAGCACACCGAUUGCACAAAGACAUGGAUUGGUGGAGAAAUUUGGGCAAGAUGAAGAGGUUUUUAUAUUUUUGCUCACGACGAAAGUUGGAGGGGUGGGGCUGAAUUUGACGGCGGCGAAUAAGGUGAGAAAUUUUGCGAGGGGGAAUUUGAAAUUUUGACCAAUUUUAAUCCUAGGAAGUAGUUUUUUUGGCUGUAAACUUGGUUUUGGAUUAUUCUCAUCUCAAAAUUUCAGAUUUUUGCCUGAAAAUUAUCCAAAAAGCCUCUGAAAACGUUAAUUUCACAAAGAUAUCCGAAAAUUCUAAAUUUCUGGGAGAAAAAUAUUUGAAAAUUCAAUUUUACUUGAAAAUACCCAAGAAAAUGAUGAAUUUUUGCUGAACAAUGGUUAAAAAUCGCAAUCUCAACAGAAAUUUCCUCAAAAAUUCAAUUUUCCAGAUAGUAAUCUUCGACCCUGACUGGAAUCCAACCACCGACGAUCAAGCCAAAGAACGCGCGUGGCGAAUCGGUCAAAAUCGUGACGUCACAAUUUAUCGAUUGAUUUGUAGUGGAACCAUUGAGGAGAAGGCCUACAUGCGACAAAUUCACAAACAAACAAUCGCGGCGAAAAUUUUGAAAAACGCGGAGACCAAAGAAGUUAUUCCGAAAGAGCAUUUGAGGGAUUUGUUCAGAUUGGCUCCGAAACAUUUGAAAGGAACUGAAGCUGGAAUUUAUCUGAAAGGCGAGACGAUGCCCAGGUUUAAAAAGGAAUCUGAAAAUCGGGAAAAUUCUAGCGGAGAUAAGAAGAGGAAACGUGUAAAAUCCAAGGAUUUGAGCGAAUUUGAGGACCAGAAAACACUAAAGAAGCUUUUCGAAGGAGAUAUGCUAAAUUGUAUUAUUUCCCAUGAGAAGGCGGUGAAAAAUGAGCAGGAUAAAAUGAUUUUGCGACUCAAUGCACGGCAGACUGCGCUGGAAGCCGCGCGGUUUUUGAUACAUGCGGAAGGACGGAAGAAUUGGGAGACAACGUUUGCGGAAAGUUUGGGAAAGGGAGCGAAAAAUGGGAAGAAGGAAGAGAAGAAAAAGAAAAACUCGUUUUGGGAUGCAGUGCACACGAAUUUGAAGCAGAAUGAUGGGAGCAAGGAGGUGAGAUUUUAAGGGGACCACAAACACGGCCUAGAAAUUCAUUCUUGGAGUUCUAGACCAUCAAUUAAAAUCUGGUAAAAUAACCUAACAUAAAUUUUCCAAAAAAAAAAUACGGUAACCCCACAUGUUUUUUUGCAGCUCGACGAAAAUGUGAAACAAGCCAAAAACCUGCGUUUCGCCUUCAUCAAACACGGUCGAAAAUUGACGGCCGAACAAAUCGAUCAAUAUUUUCAACCGGAUAAACUCGGCGGAAUCGAUUCGUAUUUUUUCAAAGAAAUGCUGGCAACAAUUUCAAAAUAUGAUGCGAAUGAAAAAGUUUUCAAACUCAAGCCGAAAUUCAGAUAG